GAGGUUGAACGGUAUUCUGCUGUAGGGCUGCAACAACUGACAAUUGAGCACUUUACCCUCAUGAAACAAAGCGAGAACGGAAACCUCAAUUUAAAUAUUCCUGAAACACAGGAUCGCAGGAAGACACAUUAUGAGGCACGCAACUGCAGCAACAGAAACCAUGGAAAAUAAUUCAUUUACAGUAACAGACUUAUAUAAAAUAUGCGCUCAUAGUGAACGGCUAAGCAAAAAGGACUUAGGAGAUCGGAUCCCAAGACCACUGGGAAAUGGACCAAGUAGAUUUAUCCCUGAAAAAGAGAUACUUCAAGUCAGUAAAGUAGAUCCGAGGGCGCAAUCGAUAUUUGAGGACGCAUUUGCUGCACUGGGUCGUCUUGACAACACCUCCUUGGUGAUGGGCUUCCACCCACAGUACCUGGAGAGUUUCCUGAGAACACAGCACUACCUGCUGCAGAUGGAUGGGCCCUUAUCCCUGCACUACCGCCACUACAUAGGCAUCAUGGCUGCGGCCAGACACCAGUGCUCCUACCUGGUCAACCUCCACGUCAACGACUUCCUCCAGGUGGGAGGGGACCCCAAGUGGCUGAAUGGCUUGGACGGAGCCCCACAGAAGCUGCAGGCCCUUGGGGAGCUCAACAAGCUCCUGGCCCACCGGCCCUGGCUUCUUACCAAGGCACACAUUGAGCACCUGCUGAAGGCUGAAGAACACAGCUGGUCUCUGGCUGAGCUGAUCCAUGCUGUGGUGCUCCUCACACACUACCACUCCCUGGCAUCCUUUACCUUUGGCUGUGGCAUCACCCCUGAGAUCCACAGUGAUGGUGGGCACACCUUCAGACCUCUCUCCCUCAGCCAGUACUGUGUCUGCGACAUCGCCAAUGGCAAUGGUCACGGCAACGACUUGGAGGAAAGGAGAAGCAGCCAUCAGGUGUCUGGUGAGGUGGAGGUGCUGAUGGAGAGAAUGAAGCAGCUGCAGGAGUGUCGUGAUGAAGACGAAGCCAGUCAGGAGGAGAUGGCCACCCGCUUCGAGAGGGAGAAGACUGAGAGCAUGCUGGUGGCCACUGCAGAGGAUGAGGAGUGUGUGCAGUCAAGAGACGUAUCCAGGCUAUUUGAAGACCCCAGCUACGGCUACAAGGACUUUUCCAGGAGAGGAGAACAUGUACCCACCUUCAGAGUGCAGGACUACAGUUGGGAGGACCACGGCUACUCCCUGGUGAACCGUCUGUACCCUGAUGUUGGUCAGCUGCUGGAUGAGAAGUUCCAGAUGGCCUACAACCUGACCUACAACACCAUGGCCAUGCACAAAGAUGUGGACACCACCAUGCUGCGCAGGGCUAUCUGGAACUACAUCCAUUGCAUGUUCGGCAUCAGGUAUGAUGAUUAUGACUACGGGGAGAUUAACCAGCUGUUGGACCGCAGCUUUAAGGUCUACAUUAAGACCAUGGUGUGCAGCCCGGAGAAAACCACCAAACGAAUGUAUGAGAGUUUCUGGAGGCAGUUCCAGCACUCCGAGAAGGUCCAUGUAAAUCUGCUUCUUAUGGAAGCGCGCAUGCAGGCAGAACUGCUCUACGCUCUGAGAGUGAUCACCUGCUACAUGACAUGAAGUGCUUUUGGCGUUUAUCGUUGUAUUUUACUGUUGUUGUUGCUCUCGUUGGACACCUUUUUAAAAAUAAAUUUAAAAACCAAUGGGGGGGGGACAGAAAGGAGCUCCGUGAUGGAUGUAACAAAAGAGAGAAUGGUGGGGGAGAGCAAAAGAAAUAACUGCAAAAAAGAAUAAUCUGAACCCAUUUGUGGAAAGAUGAGCUUUGUUGGUCCUCUUUGCCUGCAUUGCCAAAACUUGCCAUGAGGGGGCAGCCUAGAGCAGGCAGGCACUCCUCUGGCAGGAGUGUGUGGCCAACCUUCCAGUAUUCCAAUACAUAUCAGUGGAUGAUGACACUGAUAUCUCCUUAGUGUGAAAAACCCACAGCAAAUCUCCAGAAAGAAGAGCAGUACACCAGUCUACACUCAAUGUAAUCAUAGGUCUUUUUUGUGGGGGGUUGUAAGCCUAGUGGUUAGAGCUUUGGACUAGUAACCGGAAGGUUGCGAGUUCAAACCCCCGAGCUGACAAGGUACAAAUCUGUCGUUCUGCCCCUGAACAGGCAAUUAACCCACUGUUCCCAGGCCGUCAUUGAAAAUAAGAAUAUGUUCUUAACUGACUUGUCUGGUUAAAUAAAGGUAAAAUAAAAAAAAUGGGGUUGAUGUUAUUGCUGUAACUGGAGGUUAUGAAAUCAUAAUUUGGGCUGGGUGGUAGUGUGCCUGAUUUGUAAUAUCAGUGUUGAGGUGCUGCCUGAUACUGCUGCUCAUGUAAGCAUGGGGUCAUAUUGACCCACACACUAACCAUCCUAAACUGUUUGUGUAAGCACACACACAAGGAGUGUGUGUGUGAGAACAGAAAAGCGUUGCAAAAGCUAAAAAAACAAAAAAAACAGACCUAUUCAGUUUGACUACAAGUAUGAGAGGCUCUCUGACAAGUAUUGUGUUUUUGUGUGUUUUAUAAAAAAAAAAUGGUGGGAUUUCAAGCGUUAAAAAAAAGGGCAAGGCACUCUUGUGUGGUGACUGUUAAAUCGAUCUGUUUUGUUUCUGGUAGAAGCUUUGUCCUGUAAGGAAAAAAGACAAGCAAAACAUUUUUUUUUUUAAACAAGGUCUUCUAGGGGAUUGACUUCCGGUUGUCAUAAAGAUUAUGUCACCUGUCUGUCUUCCACAUUCACCCUUUGACCCUGGCCUGGUCAUCCUAACACCUUCAAAGCUUUGGAUUGUGAGUUUUACCAGUACAUACCUCUUCUGUUUCCUCUAUCACAUUAAGAAGUGCUCUUUGGCAAGCAGAAUGACUCUUUAUUUCUCUGGGUCGCUUGGCUUCCAUUCGUAGGGAGCCCGGUUGGUCCUAACUGGACUGACUGUGGUCUAUGCAGUCGGUCAUAGCUGAGCUUGUUUCCUCUGUGGAAGCCUAACCAGUGCAAAAGUAGCUCUUUUUAUUUUUAAAGACGAUGGCAGACCCAUCCACUGUUAUUUCUGUUGACUGAAAACAAGUAAAGUACUGCAUUCUUCUGAGGGUGGGUUGAGACAGUUGAUUGUUUGAUAAGAUGAUUACAUUUGAUUAUGGUACAUUAUUUGGAGGUGGUUGUGGUAGGAAGUCGAGGUUUCAUACUUGACUGUCAGACACUUUAUUAAAGAAAUUAAAUAUAAACUUAUUUUCUAGUUUUCUCCCUAAAACUGUUUUUGCUGCAUCAAAAUGUUCACUCAUUACGUAACUCAUUCAUGCAACAAACCCACCAAAUUGUAGUCACAGCACAUGUCCAUUGUUCAGCUUGCAGAUAAUGCAUCUGCUCUCCCAUCAAUUAGUUUCCAAUGAUAUAGGAAAACAUUAGGCUAUUAGAUACAUUUUGCACACUUUAAUGCAAUAGUGGCUCCCACACAAUGAACUGUUUUGCACAACCGUGUAAGACUUAGGUGUAUAUGAGUCCAAAUCCUUGCAGUGUUUCAGUUUCCUGUGUUGAGUCAGUCCUCCCAUUCACACUACACUGAACUGUGGUUUGCUUGUGUUAAUGUUACGACCCAAACAGAACCACAAAUGGUCCUUCCUUGUCCAUAUGUGGUCGAGUCAGAGUUGGACGUUACUCCCACAACUGUUGUGCUAAAACAUUUUAACUUGUCUGUAAUGUGCAAUGAGAUGAGGGGACAUUCCCUCUAGGAUCACCUUUUGAGCUUUGUUCUGCUAAUUUCUGUCCUCACUGGAAAAACUCCCUGGCAUGACUGGUUAUAGACUGAACUCUUUGGGAUUUUUUUCCAUUAAGGACAGCGGGUGACUUGGUCCAUUCAAUCACCAGCAGUAUGUCUCUACUGAACUGCCUCUAUUUUUGACUGACUCAUUUCCCUAUGACAAUCUGAAAAAUGAUGAGACUAAACAAAUGAUGCUCUUAACACCAUGAUUAGCUAGCUGUUUCAUAUCAACCCAGACAAACAUCUAUCAUGUGGAGAACAAUGUUUGUCAUUGAAUAUGCCGGAUGAAACGCUAUUGGGUUGUCUUGUGUGAUGUCACUGAACGCUUUAAUUUUGUAUAGUAGGACAAGGAAGUGGGGAACUGAGGUUUGUUUUUACAGAAGUGCCGUUUUUUUUCUUUAAUGUGAUUUGAAAACGCUGUCACUUUGCAGCAGCACUGCCUGGUCCAUAUUUGUGUAACAAUAAACUUUGAGGAGCAUGUUUACAAUA